AAUGUAUGAUAUGGUAGCCAGCCAGAAGAAACACAAAAAAGACCCAUUUCAAAGAAAAUUUUCUUCAUGAUCAUGUCUUCAUGUCUGCUACCUCCAUAUGGGGUAGCUUCUUUAAGCAAACCCAUAUCUCUUAAGAAGAAAAAAUUUGGAGCCUUGCAAGCUAGAGCUCAAAGCUUCAGAAAUGAAGGGAGACCAGGUAAUAAUAACAUGGUUGAUGCAAAUAAGAGUAUUUUAAGGGAGAAGAUCGAGGAAGUGAAGAUGAAGGAGAGACUGGAGAGGUAUUGCAGACGCGAAAUUGGGUGGAAUAACCACAACUACUGCAAGAUCAUCAAGAGAGAUCAUGAGGCAGCAGAAGGGUUAUGGCAUGAAUUGGUUGAAUUGGUAGGAAUAGUUGGUGGAACUGUUGGUAUUACCAUUGUUAGUUGUACUGCUUUUCUUUUCCUCUUUUCCUUCUUAGUCCAUUUAUAUUCAUAAUCUUAGUUAACAAUAUUAAUUUGUACAUAAAAUGAUCUAAAAAUCCUUAACUUUUGUACUUGUUUAAUUGUACUUCUUAUAUUUGAAGGGAAGAAAGAAGGUAACUGAAUAAAGCAUUUGACAUUGAUAUA